AUGCGUGGACUCUCAUUCUUCGUCUUGGCCCUCUCGGCCAUAGAUGCUGCCGUUGCAGUUCUUCCUAACCGACGAAGCUUGCAACAUGUAGGCAGAAGAGACCCAUUGCCUGCUGCCCGCAAUAUUCCAACCGUUGACUUCACCGGAACAUUCCCAGGAGCCACGGUGGAAAAGCGUCAGAGUUCUCAUUUGAACCACAAGACAAAGAAGUAUGCUGUCGAUGGAAAGAGUAUUCCAGAGGUCCAGUUUGACGUUGGUGAAUCAUAUGCUGGUCUCAUGCCCAUUUCCACCAGGCGGGGUGAAAGCCGUCAACUUUACUUCUGGUACUUCCCAUCUGAAAACCCCGCUGCAAAGGAUGAGAUCACCAUCUGGCUCAAUGGGGGCCCAGGCUGCAGUUCCCUGGAAGGCUUUCUCCAAGAGAAUGGUCCCUUCAGCUGGCAAUACGGAACCCUUUACCCAGUCCCUAACCCAUGGGCCUGGAACAAGUUGACCAACAUGGUCUGGGUGGAACAGCCUGUUGGAACUGGCUUCUCGCAAGGAAAGCCAUCUGCGAGGUCCGAAGAAGAUGUUGCCACUCAAUUCUUGGGAUUUUUCAGGAACUUUGUGGAUACCUUCGACCUGCACGGCAAGAAGAUCUACAUUGUCGGAGAAAGCUAUGCUGGACUAUACGUCCCUUAUAUUGCCCAUGCGAUGUUUGAAAAGAAGAACAAGAGAUACUUCAACGUCGAGAGCACUAUGAUCUUCGACCCAUCCAUCAACGCCGAUGAAGUUCUCACCCAAGUUCCCGCCGUCCCCUUCGUAGACCACUGGAAGGGUCUCUUCCCAUUCAACGAGACCUUCAGCAAGCAAAUCCAUGACAUGGCCGACAAGUGCGGCUACACUUCCUACAUGAAAGAACACCUCGUCUACCCACCCAAGGGUAAACUCCCCGCCCUCCCCAAGGCUACCCCAGAGUGCGACGUCUGGACCGCCAUCUUCGACGCCAUCUCUCUCGUCAACCCAUGCUUCGACGUGUACCAAGUGGCCACCACCUGCCCACUCCUGUACGAUGUGCUUGGUUUCCCAGGAAGUUUCGAAUACCUGCCCGCCGGCGCAAACGUAUACUUCAACCGCACCGAUGUGCAAAAGGCGAUUAAUGCGCCACUUCAGAAAUGGACUGAAUGCUCUGAGCAUCCCGUCUUCGUGGAUGGAAAGGAUAACUCGCAGCCUUCGUCCUUCACUAUCAUACCGGAUAUCAUUGAGAAGUCUCCUCGUACGAUCAUUGCACAUGGAGAUCUGGACUACGUCCUGAUCAGCAACGGAACUCUGUUGAGUAUCCAGAAUAUGACCUGGGGUGGAGCGCAGGGUUUCUCACAGGAGCCUGCCAAGCCUCUUUUCGUGCCAUAUCAUGAACGCGGCAGCUUGAGCACCCUUACCGGAGCAGGUGUUAUGGGUCGCCACCAUACAGAGCGAAAACUUACCUACGUCGAACUCUAUCUGACUGGCCAUAUGGGUCCUCAGUACAACCCAGCUGCCUCGUACAGAGUCCUGGAGUACUUGUUGGGCAGAAUUGAUGAUCUUUCCCAGUAA